UCCAAAUCUGAUCUGUUUAGUUUUGUAUCUCUUUCCUGAGAAAAGCCAUCAUGUCUCAUCACUCCAGCUUCAGCACCUCUGGACACAAGCACUUCAGCUCCUGUUCAGUAGCUUUACCUAAACAUGUCAGUGCACACAGCACCUUCUCCCACCACUCCAAACCUGAAGCUCAUGGACACAAGACACAGCAUUGCUUCAGCAGCAGAAGCGCCCACAGUAUCGGAUCCAAGGGACAUAAGAUCUCAUUUGGAAGCUUCCAUUCAGGAAAAAGUGGACAUGGAUCUGGACAUGGUACUGGUGGAAUGGGCUCUGGAUUUGGAGGAUGCUCAGGAGGUAUCACCUCAGUAACUGUGAACCAAGGCCUUCUGGCACCUCUCAACUUGGAGAUUGACCCAAGCAUCCAAAGAGUAAGAACUGAAGAGAAGAACCAAAUUAGGGGACUCAAUGAUAAAUUUGCCUCCUUCAUUGACAAGGUUCGCUUCUUGGAGCAGCAGAACAAGAUGCUGGAGACUAAGUGGGCUCUUCUCCAAGAACAGAAAACUGCCAGGUGUCAGAUUGAACCUCUUUUUGAGGCUUUUAUCAGUAACCUCCGAAGGCAGCUGGAGAGUUUGACAUGUGAGAAAUCUCGCCUGGAAGCAGAAAGGAACAGCAUGGAGCAAAAUGUAGAAGAAACAAGGAGACGAUAUGAAGAAGAAGUCAACAGACGAACAGCUGCUGAGAAUGAAUUUGUUGGACUGAAAAGGGACGUAGAUGCUGCAUUUAUGAACAAAGCUGAAUUACAAGCAAAGGCUGAUUCCCUGACUGAGGAGAUCAACUUCCUGAGAACUCUGUUUGAUGCAGAAAUUGCCCAGCUUCAGGCACAGAUCUCAGACACCUCUGUGGUUGUGUCCAUGGAUAACAGCCGUGAUCUUGACCUGGAUGGAAUCAUUUCUGAAGUCAGAGCUCAAUAUGAGGCGAUCGCUAACAGGAGCAGAGCUGAAGCAGAAGCCAUGUACCAGUCACGGUUUGAAGAUUUGCGCAUGGCUGCCGGAAGAAACGGGAAUGAUCUGCAGAACAGCAGAAACGAAAUCUGUGAACUAAACAGAACAAUUCAGAGGCUGAAGGCAGAAAUAGACAAUGCAAAGGCUCAGCGUGCCGCACUGGAAGCAGCUAUAACUGAGGCUGAAGAACGCGGAGAAGCCGCUGUCAGAGAUGCCAAGAACAAACUCUCUGAGCUGGAAGCUGCUCUGCAGAAGGCCAAGCAGGACAUGGCUCGCCAACUGAGAGAAUACCAGGAGCUGAUGAACGUGAAGCUGGCUCUGGAUAUUGAGAUCGCCACCUACAGGAAGAUGCUGGAAGGUGAAGAGGGCAGAUUGGCUUCAGAUGGUCAUGUUAACAUAUCUGUGGUGCACUCCAGCACUGGAGGAAAGCACUCUUCAAGAGGAGUGUCCCACGGAGCAAGUGGCCAUCACCAUAAAGGAGGAUUCAGCUCAAGCUACAGCCAUGCCUCCAAAACCAAACACAGCUCUGGCCACGGACACCACUGCUAAUAUAGAGAUGUAGAUUGUAGUAAGAGGCCUGGGUGAACACAUUUUCUAUUUUCUCUCAUCUGUCCAAUUAAAUACUUCUGCUAUAUUGCUUAAAAAUGAACUGUCACAUUCCUUGUUAUCAAUCCUAAAUCUUACCCCUUAGUAGAAAGUACCCUUCUUGGGCUUUUGGGGAUAAAAUGAUGUCUGCCAUUUUCCUUUGUUCUGAUGAAACUGAUAGAGAGGGCCAUGUGCAAUCUGAUGCAAUGUGCAAAAGUAUGUAACAAAGUCCUGCUUUGGCUGACAGUAGGAAAGCAAAGCUCUGUUCACAGAGAGAUGGGGAAAUGGGAAAUUUGCAUGAGAUAUCUGAGCUAUGACUUUGGAGGAGGCACCUGUGAUGGCAGAACUGGGAUGGAUUUAUUGGUAUGAUUUAGAGUAGAAUAUUAAAAUAAUUUCAACACACUAAAGAGAUGGUAUUCAGCACACAAUUGAAUUAUGAUAUUAACUUCGAUGUGACAGAUCGUUUUAAAAAAAUAUUUUUCCUAGCAAACUUUAAUUCUGUUUACCCAGAUUUGCUUAUUUAUAAAGUCUUUGCUACCUUGCAUGUUGAAAAUGUAACUGCUUGUCAAUAAACUAAUGCACACAUUGCAACGUCUAAA